AUGGAAGCAACAGUAAAUAAAACAAAAUUAAAAUUUCAUAUGUGUACUGAUCGUCGUUUAAGUCUUGAACAUGAAAUCAAUGAAAAUAUUCGUAAAAAAAAUCAUUUAUCAAAUUUAAAUAAUCAUAAAUAUCGUGAACAUUUAUUUAAUAAAAAACUUGAUUGUUUACGAAAAACUCUGGAAAAUAUUGAACCAAAUGUCCAUAAUGAUAAUAAUGAUGAACAAGCAUUAAUGGCACCAAAUUGUUUUUCACGUAUACAAAAUCAUUUUCGUUUAUUAAAUUUUUCAUCCGAAUCAGAAAAACGUUUAUUAUGUCAAGCACCAUCAUAUAAUAAAUCAACAAAACAAAUAUCAAAUCAACUUCCAAUAAUUAUACAAAAACAAAAUUCAAAUGAAUUAAAUCAAUGUAUAAGACGUGUAUCAUUUUAUCAAUCACGUUUACCAACAAAUUAUUCAUGUCAUUCAGCAAUAAAUCAUCAUUUUUCAAAUGGUGAUUUACUUCAACAAAAAACAUUUCAAUCAUAUGUUAAUCAACAAAAAAUCGGUGAACAAAAUAAACAAAUGAAAAAUAAUGAACGAAAAACUUUUCUUCUUAAAGAAUUUGAUGAACUUAAACAUACCAUUGAUGAUCCACAUUCGACUUUAUCUGUACUUGCUGCACUCUCUCGUGCAAUACUCUUUUUAGAUUCUGGAAGAAAAUAA